AUGAGAACAAGAACAAGCAUCUCCUCAAACUACUUUUUCUGGUACAGACAGAAAGAUGGUGAUUCUCCAAAGUACAUGAUGGUGUUAAUAAGAGGAGUUGGCAGUUUCCACUCCACAAAGUUUGAUGAAUCCAAGUUUGGUGCUGAGCUCGUGGGGAACUCUUUGUCUCUGAAGAUGGAGGCUGUGGAUGUGACUGACUCUGCUGUGUACUACUGUGCUCUGCGGCCCACACUGACAGGAAACACCAACACUCUGAACAAAAACCUCUGCAGCAAAGACAAUACAAUAGUGCAGUGUCUCCACUAG